ACGUGGCACCGGCCCGGCUCUGCCCCUUUGUUGCGGGCUCCGGUUUUGUCCCUCGCCCCUCUCCUGCCUCCGAGAAAACUUUCAGCUCCAGCUGCUUCUCCCCCUGCUCCGCUGUCGUGCCGGGUUUCAGUAACUUCCUCCUGCUGUUUCAGCCUUUUAAAGUUCUUCAGCGUGGUCACGAUAAGUGCUUGAGAGUUUUCUUUUUUAUCAGCACUUCAAAACUUUUGGAUUCUUUGCGGCCACUUCCUCCCCUCUCCGUGCGAUUUUUGUGUCUUCUGAUGUUGUGAUUUUGUUAUUUUUGCGAGGAGUAGUAAACUCGUGAAACCAGUUUCGCUUUCAGGUUGUUGCUGGAAAUGUUUGAAAGUGUAGCAAUUUCUGCCCAGCGUGGCUUUGAAAAUUAGAAGUCCUGCUACAAAUCUUAUGCUGAUCAUAGUGAUAAAUUCUGUGUGUGAAAAAGCAAUUUAUUUUAAAAUGUGACUGGCAACUGUUGUGAUUUUUCAAAUCUAAACCUAGUCAAAACUGAAAGCUGCAGGGCAAUCUCUUGUAUUUAAAAUUAAAAUUAUUUUGCAGGUUUGAGGACCUGCAUUUACCUAUUAAUUGUAUUCAACAGUUUGCUUUUGACUUAAAUGGAAUGGAUUAAGGCUAUGAGAGUCUAAUCUGGAGCCUUCAAUGAGAACUAAAAUUAUAUAUUCUGUUAAGAAGGCAAUAAAACUUGGUAGGUUAAUUGUCUUUAGAAGUGUGUAAUGUGGGCUGUAGGAAACUAUGCAGAGGGAUCUUGUCUCCCAAAAACAGUUUGAGUGUUGUUUUUGAGAAUAUUUGGACUUGUGCACAUGCAGAAAGAUUGCAAACUGAAAGUAAGAAUUCUCUUUGCUGUUCCCUAAAGAACAAGGUGCCUUUGGCAGCAGUGGUAAUAUGCACAAAAGUUCCUUCUCUUUAGCUUUCAUUUCUCUUACCUUCUAAAAUUUGAUUUAAUUUUGCAAGGCUUUUCAUAUCUCCUGCAAACCACUGCUGCAUUCCUUCAUUUCUCAGGUAAGUUGGUAUACAUACUGGGGAUGUGGGAUCCUUUGCUGAGCCUGGCUCUGAGCACGUGGAAUGAAUUCAGGUGUUGAAGACUUUGGUUUUGGGUUGGUGGUGGUUUUGGGGUUCUUUAUAUUUAAAUUUGUUUGUUUCAUUUGGGGUUUUGUUUGUUUGUUUUAAUGGUAACACAGUGUUUAAAGUGAAAUAUUUGCCUCUUCCUGAUACUCCUGUAAGGGCUUUGUAGAAAUAUAAAAGAGUUUGUAACAGAUUUUUAGUUUUAUCAAAACUCAGAUAUUUCACAGAUUAAUCAUCACACCCCCCCUCCAAAAUUUCCUGCUAAUGUGAUAUAUUUUUUUAUGAAAGAGUCUCCCCUCUUGUGUGAAACCCCCUGGGGAAGAGGCUAUGGACAAAACCAUUGACAAACAGCAGAAACUGGCUUCAGACAAAAUGCUGUCAUACAUAGCAAAUGAAGAGACAGGAAAAAACAUUUCUGUAAUUUUCCAGCAGAGAUUUUACUUAUAAUAAGAGUGGAAGGCACAUUUCCAGAUAGAGAUAAACUCUAUUACUGGAGUAGUUACUCAAGCUGCUGCUCUUUUGGCAUUAACCAGCUGCAAGGUUCUGUUUCAUAGCAAGCCAGGCUCCUGCUCCAAGCAGUUUCUGUGGAUAGACAAGAGACAGAACAUAGUUCCCGAGUGGAAAGAAAACGCCAAGACUCGUUCGGGAUGUUUGACGGUUAUGAUAGUUGUAGUGAGGACACCAGCAGCAGCUCCAGUUCAGAUGAAAGUGAGGAGGAGGUUGCUCCUUUGCCAUCCAGUCUCCCAAUUAUCAAGAACAAUGGGCAAGUUUAUACUUAUCCAGAUGGCAAAUCUGGCAUGGCUACGUGUGAGAUGUGUGGGAUGGUUGGUGUCCGGGAUGCUUUUUACUCUAAAACCAAGCGCUUCUGCAGCGUGUCGUGCUCCAGAAGCUAUUCCUCCAACUCCAAGAAGGCCAGCAUUCUGGCCAGGCUUCAGGUAGCGGGUAAACCUCCAACAAAGAAGGCUAAAGUUCUACAAAAACAGCCCUUAGUGGCUAAAUUAGCAGCAUAUGCCCAGUACCAAGCAACUUUACAAAACCAGGCAAAGACAAAAGCAGCAGCUGUCCCUGUGGAAGGUUUCAGCUGGGGUAACUACAUCAAUAGUAAUAGCUUUACAGCAGCACCUGUUACCUGCUUUAAACACGCACCUAUGGGGACUUGCUGGGGUGAUAUUGCAGAAGGAGUGCGAGUGGAGGUUCCAAACUCUGACUGCAGCCUACCUACCAAAGUCUUCUGGAUAGCUGGAAUUGUAAAAUUAGCAGGCUACAAUGCUCUGCUGAGAUAUGAAGGCUUUGAAAAUGAUUCAAGUCUUGACUUCUGGUGCAACGUUUGUGGGUCUGACAUUCACCCAGUUGGUUGGUGUGCAACCAGUGGGAAGCCCUUAGUUCCUCCUCGAACCAUCCAGCACAAAUACACAAACUGGAAAGCUUUUCUAGUGAAACGACUUACUGGUGCCAAAACACUUCCUCCUGACUUUUCUCAGAAGGUGUCUGAGAGUAUGCAGUACCCGUUCAAAACCUCCAUGAGGGUGGAAGUAGUGGACAAGACGCAUCUGUGCCGGACGAGGGUGGCGGUGGUGGACAGCGUUGUUGGGGGCCGCCUGAGGUUGGUGUAUGAAGAGAGUGAGGACAAAACUGAUGACUUCUGGUGCCAUAUGUACAGCCCACUCAUUCAUCAUAUUGGCUGGUCUCGCAGUAUAGGACACAGGUUCAAAAGAUCUGAUAUUACAAAGAAACAGGAUGGACAUUUUGAUGCACCCCCACACUUAUUUAUGAAGGUAAAAGAGGUUGAUGCAGCUGGAGAGUGGUUUAAAGAAGGAAUGAAAUUGGAAGCUAUAGACCCCCUAAACCUUUCAGCAAUAUGUGUGGCAACUAUCAGAAAGGUGUUAGCAGAUGGCUAUCUUAUGAUUGGGAUUGAUGGCUCAGAAGCAGCAGAUGGGUCUGAUUGGUUUUGUUACCAUGCCACUUCCCCUUCUAUUUUCCCUGUUGGUUUCUGUGAAAUUAACAUGAUUGAACUAACUCCACCCAGAGGUUAUGCAAAACUCCCUUUUAAAUGGUUUGACUACCUCAGGGAAACUGACUCAAUAGCAGCACCAGUAAAGCUCUUCAAUAAGGAAGUUCCAAACCAUGGGUUUCAUGUUGGCAUGAAACUGGAGGCCGUGGACCUGAUGGAGCCUCGCCUGGUGUGCGUGGCCACGGUGACGCGCAUCAUUCACCGGCUCCUGCGGAUCCACUUCGAUGGCUGGGAGGAUGAGUAUGAUCAGUGGGUGGACUGUGAGUCUCCAGAUCUGUAUCCUGUGGGAUGGUGUCAGCUCACUGGAUACCAGCUCCAGCCUCCAGCGCCCCAGUCAUCAAGAGAUAGCCAGUCAAGUUCAUCCAAACAGAAGAAAAAAGCUAAAUCACAACAGUACAAAGGACAUAAGAAAAUGACUUCAUUACAGCUGAAGGAGGAGCUGCUGGAUGGGGAGGAGUACAGCUUCCUGCAGGGAACCUCUGACCAGGAGAGCAACGGCUCUGCCAGCUACUACAUCAAACAGGAGCCCUGAGGCAGCUGCAGGAGCAAGGGGCACAGCAUUGGUGAUAGGAAAAGAACCUUUCUCCAACACUGACUGAUUCUAUUCCCACUUGGAUGGUGCAGUUCAGGUGACUGUGCCUGGGGUGCUUUGCUAAAUGUAGAUGAAUUAGACUCAGUCCAGAAUUUUUUGGAAGGGCGGGGAAACUAUUUUAGUGAAAAAGAUUUUUCAAUUUAUUAAAAACAAAAAACAAAGGACACUUUUGUGUUGUAUUUGAAGCUUUUGAAAGAAUUUUGUAAUAUUUUCAAGUUCAGAUUUAUUGUGCAUUGUUAACAAGAACUGAAAUUCUAAUUUUUUUGUAAGAUUAAAGUUUAUUCAGCAUGAUUGUGGGAAGCAGUUGGAGGAAGAUAUAGUUGCAAAUACAAACGAACUGUCAUAGCAAAUGAACCUUUUUGGUACAAGUUGGGAGACUGUUAGACUCUUGUGAACUGCACUGGUCAUGCCUCUGGUUUUUUAAUUGUGAAAAUAAGGCUUUAAAGCCCUGAUUUAAAGGCAUAAAUUAUAUACGGAAGACAGUCCUGUAAAGCUCUACUCAGUGAGUAGCCCCAAGUGCAACGGAGCCAUCGCCUGAGGAAGAUUUUAACUUUUCAAGGUGUUUUUAUUUAGUUUCAAAGACCCUUUUUUUGUAUAAGGUUUUUGUUUUUUUAACGUUCUUUAGGGUCUGAUUCAGUGCCCAUGAAUAUCAGUAGCCUUGUCUCUGCCGACUGCAGUGGGCAUUGGAUGGGCUCUAUAAAGCUCUUGUCUGUAUAUGAAUGUCUGUAGUCAUGGAAUGCUUCAGCAAAUGUUUACAGAGCCCUAUGCCAAACUGGAACUUCAGAAAAUUCUCUCAUUGGAAGAUUAGUUGUAGCUCUGAAUUUUGACUGAAGAAGCAGCUUAGAUGGACAGUCACUAAGGAUUCCCUUGGUAGUGGGAAGGAACUUGUGAGUAUUCUUAUGAUUUUUUUUUUUUUUCCAUUCAGAAAGCCUUUAAUGUUUCUUUACCAUCUUAAGUAUUUAUCUCUGGUCGUUCAGAACUGAUGUGCCACAUGGUUUCAGGAGAUCUGAAAGAAGCCCUACAUUGUGGGUUAAAAAUUAGUUCAGUCCUGCAUAGCCUAGUGUAACAUGGGACUUGAGAACAGUAUCAAAAUCACAUGGUUUUAGUCUGUAAUUCAUAAAUUGGAUUUGCCUAUUGCCUGGAAUUCUUGUCUCAUGUCAAGCAUCCCACUGGCCCCAACUGGUCAACUUCCAGAUUUUUACAAGGCAAAAGUCACUUAAAAGGGUGAAAAUCACGACCAUUUAAACACAAAGUAUUUUUGCAGGAGCUCUUCAUAAUUUGGGUUUUAUCUUUCCAUAUUUUUAACUUUUGUACAUUUUUUAAAUGGAGUUGGUGAGGUAGUUGAUCAGCCCUGCAGAGCUGUGACUGGAAGAUUGUGUAUCAAGAGCUUUAGCUUUUACCAGUAAGGUUCAUUAACUAAACUCUCAGGAAUUAUAAGUUCUAUAAGUGCUUCUGGGUCUUCACAGGUCCCCUUCAGAGCAGUACAAUGAUCAUCUGACUCUUGACCAUAAAUUAGGGCUUAAAAAAAUUGAUCAAAAAUUACUAAGAUUUGUAUCCUACAGCCUAAGGAAAUGCUUUAAGGAUAUCAACCCACAGAGCCCCGGGAGACCAUUUUUUGUAUAUUGUUGUUUGAGCUAAAAAAAAAAAAAGUGCAUAGAAAGUUGAAAACCAGCAAUUUGAUUAUUUUCUAAAAUAUUGCUCCAACUUUAGGUACAUAGUAUUGGUAAUAUACACAGGUUUACCUCAUUCUAUGCAAGAGGGAUUAAUUAUGUAAAGUUUUGUAUUUACUACUGGAAGUAAAACGUGCUGUAUAGUGUAGGAAUGUCUGGAAUUCAUUUCUCCCUUACUGGUAAAAUUUCUUACAUAAUGGCCUGGUUUUAACAACAGCUUCUUCUAUUGACAGAAUCUGUUACUCUGAUUACAAGAAUCUAUAACUUCAGAUGGUAAAGACAUUUUAGCUCCCUAAAAUAGCCAUAAAAAGGACUUUGUUGGACCUGGUAGUCUUCAACAGCUUAUCUCAGAUUCUGACCCACCCAUGAUGUUUAUUUUGAACAGCCUAUAUUGGAGAACUAGGAUUAGAGACCAUUGUAGUGACACUUUGAGCCUUGAUUGUUUUCCUGUGUUCUCAAUUUAAUCUGCUGUAAAAUCCAGCUCUGCAAGCAUUGAUUUCAUUUGGUAAGUAUAGCACUAUUGAUAUAUUUUUUUUUUUUAAUGCAACAACUUGCAGGUUGUCCUAUCAGCUGGAACAAGGUUCUCAGAGUCUUGCUUUCUUCUCUCAUCAACAGCUUCUGACUUCAGUAGAAAAACUGUUGCAUUAAUUAGUGUGCCAUAAUGUAGAUGGUCGGGCUAGUUAAUGAGUGAGGUGCAUUGCCCAGUCACUAAACUGAAUAUUGCCCAGGCUCAUCCCUGAUUUUAGAGUCAGUCUUUAAAUGUCAAGAGGGAAAAUUAGUCUUAAUAUACUUCCUGUGCUGGGAGAAAUGUAAGAAUCUGUUCUAAAGUCUGUCAGUCUUUAAAAUAUUCUGUUAUUCAUCAAACACUAAAGUCUGUGAGGUGAUGUAUGUUCUCGGGUACCCAUGUGACUUGAGCAGUUGGUGAAAUGCCUUUUGUGUCUCUGAGUUCAUAACAUGCCUCAGUUGUGUAACUGUCAGGAGCAGCGACACCUGUGCUGAGCAAACCGUGGAAGAGCUGCUGGAAGUCCUGGGCUGAGGAGCAGCUCGGGAGAACCUGCAGGUGCUGCCGGGGCUGUGAGCCCCAGGGACCCGAGGGCUGUUCCUGCGGCAGCUCCCUGGCUUUGCAAAGCUUCCCGUGGCUCUGGGAUGCUUCUCUUGGCUCUCAAGCUGUGGUACCUGCCUGAGAGAGCAGCAAAUGUUGGACACCUAAAACCUUCAGUGGGGUUGGACUAAUUCUGGCAUUUGGCACAGCAGGUUUUCCUGACCAUGAGGCAGCCCAAGCCCUGUCCUGACUUGGCUGCUGCCUCUUUUCUUGUUCCAGAUCUCUCUGCUGAUCUUUAUUACAUUAUUUUCAGUAGAACUCUCUUAACCUGUUCCUUGCUGCAUCUGAGGAAAGCUACAGCAGUUAUUGAUUCCUUGUUCUACAGAUACUAACACGGGUUUCAGUGUUUGUUUUGGGUUUUUUAUUGUUGUUUUCUGUGAUGUGAAUACCCUCCCUUGAUCUUUGUACGAUGGUGCUAAUACAUUUGGUAACAAUCCUUUACUGGGAAGGGAUUUUUUAAAACUGUGAUUUCAGAUGAAUUUUUCUUCCUUUUGAUUUUUUUUUUUCAUAUUUAAAAUGAAAAGCCACAACCAUUUAUACAAAAAAGGCAUCAGCUUUGGCCCCUAGAAAAAUGUUGGGGCAGGAAUCAAGAAUAAACAAAUGGGUUUUUACAUAAUUUCUGUAUGUAUUUGAUAUAUAGAUCAAUAUCUGUACAAAUUUAAUCUUUUAUUUUCUUGGUAAUUUGUGUGGUCAGUGAGAGAGUAUUUAAAGCUUUCUCAUGCAAUGUACAUAACUCAGUGAAAAAAUGCUUUUGGAAAAAUUAAUGUUACUUUCAUUUUUACAAGACUGCAGAUUUUCAGCAUGGAUGUGAAAAGCAUUAAAAUCAUAACUUUGUGUACAAGAUGAAAAUAAUUCACUAAAUUUGCCUUUUUUACACAAAAUAAAAAUGAUUAAAAGUCUUUUUCUGAA